CUGCAUCCGCUCGCUUCCUCUUCCGCUACUAGCACGAGCAACAGUGCCCUCUCAUGACAACAAUAAAGUGGUGCGUCGACAUGGCGGACUCGCUUGAAAGUGAAUCUGCAGCGGCGUUGCUGAGCAUGAAAGACGGUUGUCUCAACAGCAAGUCUUCAAAAACUCCUGUGGUGAUGUCCAGAAAUCCACCACGAAUCCGGAAAAGGAACAGGCGAAUAUUCAAUGAUUAUGAAGAUACUUCAUACACGCUUUCACGACCUUCCGCCAGAAAAUCUGCCCGCAAUGUAUCCCCGAGAAUUGAUGAUCCGGAAUGGACCCCGGAAAAGCGGGGCGGGGGACGUCAGAUCAAGAAAGAGCCUGCCCCAGUAGCCGCAGUCCCAGACAAGAAAGUGAUCCAGAAAGUGGGAAUUCGGUUGCGCAACCUUCUCAAGCUUCCCAAGGCCCACAGAUGGGUGUGCUAUGAGUGGUUCUACUCUAAUAUUGACCAACCCCUGUUCUUGGGAGACAAUGAGUUCUGUGCCUACCUGAAACAGUCCUUCCCAUUGCUCAAGACGAGAAAACUCAGUAGAGUGCAGUGGUGUAAAAUACGGCGGAUCAUGGGAAAGCCACGCAGAUGUUCGCCUGCGUUCUUUGAAGAAGAAGUACGAGCCUUGCACGACAAGAGGCACAACAUUCGUCAGCUGCAGCAACGCAAAGUGCUCAACACAGACAGUUUUAACAGCCUUCCUGAAGACAUCCCUCUGCCAUUGGUUAUUGGUACCAAAGUAACUGCCCGCCUGAGGAAACCGCAAGACGGCCUUUUUGAGGGCUCCAUAGACGCUGUGGAUACGCAGACUGCUACGUAUCGCAUCAAAUUUGACAGGUCGGGUCUUGGCACGCACUCUGUCCCAGACUUCGAAGUUUUGAGUGCAGACCCACCAGAGACAAUGCCAAAGUCGUCGUUUAUUCAGAGACAACGUCCCCGCACCAUCUACUACUCCACACCGCCUAGGCCGAUGGUAUCCUUUCCUCAUGGAACCCACCUGGACAAUGAUCCCCUGCUAGGUGGAUCUCCAUUGCGGCCCGGCCUCUCUGCCACAGGGGAGACAACUUCCACCGUGGGCGGCUUUCCUGUAGAUUUUCUCACACUCAUGGUACAGCUUUCUAAAAUCCUAUCACACAAGAAGGAGAAGAUUGCCAAGUUGAAGGACAUGAACAGUCAAGCUGAAAUGACUUCGUAUGGGAAGCUCAUAACACCAGAGUUCAAGAAACGCUAUGCUGCGCUCAUCAUGGAGUUUGAAGUUCUCAAUAAAGACCUACAGGAGUCACUCGAAGGCAUUCUCAAGUACUGUGAAAAGUUGGCUCCAGAACAAGGCCUCCAGUGUAUGCUACAGCCUCAAGCAAUACGCAGCAAGUGCCUAGAAGAGGCCAGGGAAAUGAUGCAGCAGUGUGCUACUACCGAGCACUUGGAGUUGCCAGAGGUGCCUGCGGUUGAUCUUGUGGCAAAGUUAACUUCUCUUAUGCUCCAAAUUAAGAAUUUGGCCCAGGGAGACCUCAACUCGUUUGAGUUCAAAUCUUUGAAUGAAGCUCUACUUGACAUUCAGGGAAGUCUAGACACACGAAACAUUGGUGUGUUUCAAAACAAAGUACAAAUCCACAUCAACCACAUUCAGAAUGGGCUGAGCCAGCUGGGAAGCCUGCAUGCCUUCACCUCAUCUGCCAUCCUUGAUUGACUCUAUGCAUUGGUGCACCAUCAGUCCACAUCAUCUUUCUGUUUCUUGCUUCUAAAGCAUCACACUGCCGCAGAACCAAGUGACUGCCUCAGCGUAGACCUGUGGAAUACUACCAUCACGAGGUUGAUGCAGUACUUUUCUGCUGUGGGAAUUCAUGCAAGGUGGUUACAUUUUCGUUUUGUACAAAAGCAGGCAGAGCCUAAUGAAGAGCAGUUUUGUUACUGUACCUUUGUUUUGUAUAGGGUAGCUAAUUGUGCUUGUGUUGCAGGACUGUUAACUAUUGAUUUUAGAAACAAACCUUUUUGGAUGGAGACUUUUGUAAAGAUAUAUUUAUUAAUAAACCUGGGUCUAUAUGGAAAUUAAAA